CCAAACACUUCAAUUCAGCACAAAUUUCGACUGGCAAAGAAUUCGUAAUUUUUUUUUUUUUUCAGGCUAAAACUCAAUAGCAAAAUUCUUUGGAAGCAUCGCAUGCUACCAUGUCAAAUCCGCACUGUAAAACGCCCAGCGGACAGUCGCCACAAAAUGAUUUAGUGAAUACGCCAGAGCAUUUCUAUCCCGGAUACUGCGGACAACCGCGUAAAUAUGAUCCCCGGGAGUUUGGUUUGACCGGCAACGAGGAAUGGCGUAAUCCCCGCAUGUUUCGCAACAUGACAUAUCAAACUGACGCUGAGGCAAUGAAUGCGAUGCGGAUGGCCCAACCGCGUAGACCCAUGUAUCGUCCAACUGAAACUUCGAUUGUGAACAAUUUAACGGACGAAUGUUUGGCUGAUGUCUCGGCGCCGCAGUUCGAAAUGAGUAUGCCAUCGCCAAUGUCUGGUUCGUGUGGAGAAUACCUGGAUAAUGUAACACCGCCACAAUUGUGCACCACGGCAGACUCGAGUUUAAAAUCCUUUGGCACACAGAAUAAUAAUAUCUUAACUACCACGGUUCGCACAAUUACGACGCAACGGGAUCAAUCCGGAAAGGUGACAAGUCGUGUUGAGGAGACGAGCACGGUAUCCAAUGAUCAAGGGGCUAAUUUGGAUAACACCCCUGUGUGCUGUCCAGGACAGGGUCCUACAGCCGGACGACAUCUUCAAUUUUGCAAUAUGCCAGAUCAGAGCGAGGAUUUAGCAAACAUCUCAAUGCCCCCAUUCUAUGACAAUAGCCACCCAGCGAUGAGCACUCGUAUAGCUCAGAGGUCGAUGGAUCAAAGUGCUUGCCUCGAAAAUAUCAGUGCGCCCUCCUUCGCUGACAGCAAUCUGGCAGACGUAUCCAUGCCGAGUGGCAUUUGUGGUGCGAAUGGUGACUCGAUCCGGCAGCCAACGCAAUAUACCAAUGAAUGCUUGAACAGUGUCUCGAUGCCAAGCUGUAUGGGAUCUUCUGGUGCAUCGCGACGACAAGUUACCCAGAUGUCGCAAGAUCGCUUGGAAGACAUAUCAAUGCCUUCAUUUGGCAACGUGUCCAGAGUACCGAAUAGGCAAUCAGGCUAUAUGACCAGUGAGUGCUUAAACGACGUCAGUGCUCCGUCGUUUGGAUCUAGUCCUGCUCGCAGUAGAGUGUAUCGCAGCCAACCAAGAUCGAUGCUAGCACAGAGUAAUUUGAACUCAACAGUUCUGGACGACAUCAGUAUGCCCUCCUUCGAGGGGUCAUCAUGUGCUACAGCUAGAUCAAUGCAGCAGCGUUCGAUGAAAUCGCAGAAUAUUUGUGACACAUCAGCCCCAUCGUACGUAUCGUACGGACAGGGUCCAAAUUCUGGUGAAUGCUUGGAGAACAUAUCAAUGCCAAUGUAUGGCUACAGUGGACGAUCACAAAUGACAAAUGAAUGUUUGGAGGAAGUCACGAUGCCAUCGUUUGAAUGCACCACAAAUAAUCAGUUCAUUGAAGAUAUUAGUAUGCCGACAUUUGGUGGAGUAUCGUAUGCGUCCCAAGGGCGAACACCGACACGUCAACAGUAUUCGAUGCCCGCGCAAUCGACGUGCUGCUCAAUGGAGCCGUGCUUUCAAAACGAUCAACAAGAAUAUUUAGAUCAAGUAACUAUGCCGUCCUUUGGAAACUCUACACGAGGACCGAUGCCCAGUGAGUGUUUGACAGAUAUCAGCAUGCCUUCCUUUGGCGGGGUAUCCGGUGCAUCGAGAGGUAGAACACCGUCGCGUCAACAGCGUUCGAUGGCAGCCCAGAAUAUGUGUAAUAUCUCAGGCCCAAUAUAUGAAAGUAGCCGAGUGGGACAAAUGACUAAUGAAUGCUUAGAUGACGUCACCCAGCCCUCCUAUGGAAACAGCGGUAGAGAGGUGUCUUAUAGCCAGUUUUUAGAGGAAAUGAGUAUGCCGUCGUUUGGUGGAGUGUCUGGAGCUUCAAGGCCCAGAACUCCAACACGGCAGCAACAGCAAUCGAUGACAUCUCAAAAUAUCUGUGAUAUAUCUGCACCAUCCUUUGCUGGCAGUGGACGCGGAACAAUCAGUAACGAAUACUCGGGUAAAGAGGUCUGUUAUAGUCCGUGUUUGGAAGAAGAGAGUAUGCCCUCUUUCGGUGGAGUAUCAGGAGUUUCAAGGCCCAGGACUCCAACACGACAGCAACAGCAAUCAAUGGCUUCUCAAAAUAUCUGUGAUGUAUCGGCACCGUCUUUUGCCAGCAGUGGACGCCAACAGCAAUCGAUGCCUUCUCAGAAUAUCUGUGAUGUAUCGGCACCGUCCUUUGCUAGCAGUGGACGUCAGCAGCAAUCGAUGCCUUCUCAAAAUAUCUGCGAUGUAUCGGCACCGUCCUUUGCUAGCAGUGGCCGCCAACAGCAAUCGAUGCCAUCGCAAAAUAUUUGUGAUGUAUCGGCACCGUCCUUUGCUAGCAGUGGAUGCCAGCAGCAGUCGAUGCCUUCUCAGAAUAUUUGUGAUGUAUCGGCACCGUCUUUUGCUAGCAGUGGACGACAGCAGCAAUCGAUGCCUUCUCAGAAUAUCUGUGAUGUAUCGGCACCGUCCUUUGCCAGCAGUGGAUGCCAGCAGCAGUCGAUGCCUUCUCAGAAUAUUUGUGAUGUAUCGGCACCGUCUUUUGCUAGCAGUGGAUGCCAGCAGCAGUCGAUGCCUUCUCAAAAUAUCUGUGAUGUAUCGGCACCGUCCUUUGCCAGCAGUGGAUGCCAGCAGCAGUCGAUGCCUUCUCAAAAUAUCUGUGAUGUAUCGGCACCGUCCUUUGCUAGCAGUGGACGUCAGCAGCAAUCGACGCCUUCUCAAAAUAUCUGCGAUGUAUCGGCACCGUCCUUUGCCAGCAGUGGAUGCCAGCAGCAGUCGAUGCCUUCUCAAAAUAUCUGUGAUGUAUCGGCACCGUCCUUUGCUAGCAGUGGGCGCGGGACAAUGAAUAGCGAAUGCUGUGGUCAAGAAGUCUCUUAUAGUCAGUUUUUGGAGGAUAUGAGUAUGCCAUCCUUUGGUGGAGUGUCUGGAGCUUCAAGACCCAGGACUCCAACGCGGCAGCAACAGCAAUCGAUGCCUUCUCAGAAUAUCUGUGAUGUAUCGGCACCGUCCUUUGCUAGUAGCGGACGCCAGCAGCAGUCGAUGGCAUCUCAGAAUAUCUGUGAUAUAUCAGCUCCAUCUUUUAAUAGCAGUGGACGUCGUGCAUCGAAUAGUGAAUGCUUGGAAAAUGUGACAAUGCCAUCAGGUGUAGCGGUAUCGACAUCAUCCAGAAGACAACGGACUUCAAUCGCGGAAUGUUUGGACAAUGUUAGUGCACCGUCGUUUGCACACAGCACGCUGCGCAGCCGGUCACCGCAACGUCGGCAAAGGUCAAGGCAAAAUGAUAGCGGGGAAAAAUGUCAAACGACAACGACAACUUCUGAGAUCAUAGAUGAAAUUAGCAUGCCUACCUGUGGCGAUGUAUCGGGAUCCUCAAGAGCGAAAACUCCAAUACGUCAAAAGCGAUCGAUAACAACGAAGACUGUUUGUAAGAGCUCAACACCGGCAUCUCGUAAUCGUGGACCAAUGAAUAGUACGGCUGAAUGUAUAGCUGCAAGAGGGCAAACUCCAAAGCGAAGACAACAAACGAUGACCUCUCAAAAAAUCUGUGAUAUCUCUGCCCCAUCACUGGAAAGCUGCGGAACGGGAGGACUGACAAAUGAAUGUUUGAAUGAUAUAUCAAUGCCGUCAUACGGUGCUUCCUUGGAGUGUUCAAGGCCAAACACUUGUGCUUCCGAAUGCUUGAACGAUGUCAGUGCACCCUCCUUUGCGCAGAGCAUUUCCCGCGGAAGUUCACAGCGUCAGCAAAUGGCACUUUCGAAUGCCUGCAAAUCGGGCACAGGAGACAUGAGUAAUGGCUAUAUAAUGGAUGUCAGUAUGCCAUCAUUUGGAGGAAUAUCGGGUGCGUCUAGGCAGCGUACCCUCAACCAGCAGCAACAACAGUGUUCGAUGCCGUCCCAAAAUAUCUGUGACAUCUCACCUGUAUCAUACGCAAGCAGUGGACGUGGAAAUACAAUGACCAAUGAGUGCUUAUACGACGUAAGCAUGCCGUCGUUUGCGGACGUAUCGGGCUCAUCGCAACGACAGCAGACCAUGCCGUCAGAGUGCUUGAACGAUGUGAGCGCACCGUCGUUCACUAGGACUAUGUCACCGCAAGUCACGCAAAGAUCUAUCCAGAAUCGCUCAGAUCAAUGUCGACUGCAGGACAUGAGCAUGCCUUCAUUCGCGGAUGUAUCGGGCGUCUCGAGAGCACGAACACUGAGCCGACAACAGCGUUCGAUGCGCGGUAGCCCAGGCACUAGGGAAUGUUUGGAGGACGUUAGUAUGCCCUCCUUUGGUGUAUCGGGUGUCUCAUGCGCUCGUUGCCCGACAAUGCAGUCCCAACAAAUCUGUGACAUAUCGGCACCUUCUUACAACAGCAGUGGAUUUGCGACCAUGACUUCCAAGAGUAUGGGACGAAGUCAAUCGCAGGGCCCUAAUUCCAGAGUUCAACAAUCGCCGAUUAUGAAUAACUCCUGCCGAGUACAAAGUGAAUGCCUUCAAAAUGUAACAAUGCCAUCGUUUGGCAACAUUUCCACUGUCAGUACUUCGAGUCGGCGAGACUUGCCAAUGACUAGCGAGUGUCUGAGCAAUGUGACACCGCCCUCCUUUGGUCGCAGUGGCAACACACAGGAGCUGUGGAACAUUAGCGCACCGGUCUUUGAAUCAUCAGCCAAUUUGCGCAAGCCUCGCUCUGAGCCGUCGUAUGAAUGCGAUGCUCUGGAGGACGAGAGUGCUCCCAGCUUUGGCUUCAACAGUCAGGCCAUGAAAAGUAUAUAUCAGAUACCGACGGCUAAUUCGAGCAAUUCUGUAUACAGCGGCACGGCGGCACGACAAGUUCGUAGUUUUCCGUGCAUCAGUCAACAAAAUAUCGGCGACAUAUCUGCCCCCUCAAUGGUCAGUAGUCGGGUAGACUGCUGUUAUGGCCAACUGGACUCGAGUGGUCAGCCCUACCCAACCGAAUAUCCAGGUAGCAAAAGUCGUUCUCAGUCCAAACAGAGCAGCCGAUACACCAACUGCAAUUUGGACUGUGAAGGCAUCGAAAAUAUUACAGAGCCAUCGAUGUUGGCCAAUAGCACGAUGUAUGGUCAAAUGGCUACGGAGCAAAGCCAAUGUCUUGCGGAUGUGAGCGCACCAUCCGGAAUGGAAUCACAAUUUUCGACAUUGUGCUCGAAAUUAACUACCGAAGAAUCUUAUCCAAGCGAAAUGCUACAUGAUGUCAGCGCACCAUCCUAUGCGAAUAGCAUAAGCCGUUCACAGUCCAAGCAAACCACCCGAGUCACCACCUGCACUUUGAACUGCGAGAACAUCGAGAAUAUUACAGAGCCAUCAAUACUGACCAAUAGCUCGAAAUUUGGUAAAAUUGUAUCCGAGCGAUUAAGGGAAGCCAGUCAACAUUUGGCGGAUGUGAGCGCACCAUCGGGAAUGAAUUCGCAUUAUUCGAAUGUGGAGUCAAAUAUCAUGGAUGUGAGUGAGCCAUGUGAAAUGUUUUGCAGCGAUGUAUGCGCUGAGGAGGGUAAUGCCUCGGAGCGGAGACAGCUUGACAAAAGCGAUCCAAGAGCUACGAAUUCAUCGCGUAGUAUGAAGAGAGGUGAGGGUAGUGCUCUAACCGGCCAGCGGAACAAUCAAGAUGAACAAUCGCCAACCGAUUGUCCAUGCCCAAGUACGGUAGAUGUAGAGGCUAAGAAGUCUUCGACUUCUGGGCAAGGGGUUGCAGGUGCCCAGGACAGCAAAAAGCGGGAUUCGAAUGCGGGUAAGAAGAGCAUUCAAUCCAUAAAUGACAUAUCGAUGCCGGAGUUCGAGAGUACACCCAUCAGUCAAUCUCCUCGUGAAUCGAAUCGUAAGAACAGCACUGCGAUCUCGGACAUCACUGAGCCCAGCUUUGGGCCGUCUCUUCAAUCCACCAAUAAGACGCAGGAUACAACUGGUUCAUACCACGGCUUUGAUUCAAUGGAUAACUAUGCGCCGUUCGACGAGCUUAUCAAUUCGAGGCCAGAAAACUGUGAGCCACCAACGCCUCAGCCGGUGCGUUCCAAGCCGAACGAUUGCCCAGCUACUCCAAAAUCGAGACCCAAAACUCCCCAAAAAGGUCAUUGCACAUGUGGCGUAAAUGGGAAUACGCGAUCCAGUGCGAAACAGAGAAGUCGUAAUACUAACCGAUAGAGUUUAUGUUCACGCACUCACAGAACGUGUUCAUGGUCAUGUUCAUUCUGAGCCACAUUCUCACGGUAGAGUUUCCUGCAACACACAAAUAUUUAUAAAUUCAUACAUGUUUAGCCUGAAAAAAUUAACGAAAUUCGAGUAUAAAUAAAAUGGAAGUGCAGUAAAAA